CCAAAUGUACACGACAAAGAAUAAGCCUUCAAUUCAUCCCAGAACUACAGAAAAAUAGAACUGCUUCUGUUUUUUAUGUAUAGCCUGCAAACAGAUCCUCUAAACAUCAUGGCUGUGAUGCUUCUUCAGCCUUGGCUCUCUCUGUUCCUUUGCUUUGCUUUUCUCUUUUCUUCCAUUCCUCUCUCCCAUUGCCAAUUCGGUUCUCCCCAAAAUCUCGAGACUUUCUAUCCUUCUUCUGAAGCUCCUUCUCCUGCACCUGCACCAAGUUCUCCCUCCGAUCCUCCGAUCACUUCUUCACCAGAGCCACCACUACCGCCAUCUCCUCUGUCAAUUUCACCUCAAUCGGUACCCCCACCACCAUCGUCGUCAAGCAAGAGUAAUAAGAUUGUAACGGCAGUAGCCGCCACCGCAGCCAGCACUCUGGUUCUUUCCGGGUUACUCUUCUUUCUGAUCAAUAGGUGUGCUGCUACAAGACGCAGAAGAGAGAAUAGGAGUACUGCUUUAAAUCAAGGUCCGCCUGCUUUGCCAGGCAACGAGUUUACGCGGUUUGAUGGGGGUUUUAAGGGGUUCGUUGUUGAUGAAAACGGCUUGGAUGUGGUUUAUUUGAGGAAACUUGAUGGGGAAAACUCCGCCAACAGUCUUCAUAAAGAGGUAUUACAUAAUCUAGAAAAUGAAGGAGGGACGGAGGUAAAGGAAGAUCCAAGAAGGAAGAAGUCUGAACCUAUACAAGAAGUUCCUCUUCUCCGAGGAAAGUCUUCAACUUCCCACGUUAAAGUUGUACCAGAAGUGGAUGAUCCGAACCCAACUAGUACUCCUGCAGGUAUGGCCAUCAUCCAGGAUGUUAAGAAGCCAGAACCAUCAAUUCAACCAUCAACUCGUCCUCCCCCUCCACCACCACCACCGACACCACCUCGUGGACCGCCACCUUUAUCCUCUUCCUUAGCAAUUGCUAGCAUGAAAGGCCCUGCACCGCCACCGCCACCGCCUCCACCAAUUCCAGUGAAGAAAAAUCCCACGCCACCACAACCUCCACCACCUAAGGCAGGUAGUUUGAAAUCAUCAUUAAAACCACCCCCAGCACCACCACAAGCGAUGCCAGGUGACAAUAAAACAGGGGAGUCUUCAUCUGAAACCGGAGAUGGUCAGAUAAAAAUGAAGCCAUUGCAUUGGGAUAAAGUGAAUACUAACACAGAUCAUUCCAUGGUGUGGGACAAAAUCGAUGCUGGUUCUUUUAGGUAUGAUGGAGAUCUUAUGGAACACCUCUUUGGAUAUGUUGCCACCACCCGACAAUCGCCUCAAAGAAACAAUAACACAAUGGAUCGGAGUAAUCUCAACUCUGAUUCACCGGCACAGAUUUUUAUCCUCGACCCUCGAAGGUCUCAGAACACUGCAAUUGUUCUGAAAUCUCUAGCAAUCUCUCGCAAAGGAAUCCUUGAUGCACUUAUUGAAGGCCAAGGCCUCGACACAGAUACUCUUGAAAAGCUGGUCAGAGUUGCCCCAACCGAGGAAGAACAAUCCCAGAUCCUAGAAUAUGAUGGAAAUUCCACAAGACUUGCUGAUGCUGAGUCCUUCCUCUACAACCUUCUGAAAGCUGUCCCAUCGGCUUUUGCUCGCCUUAAUGCCAUGCUUUUCAGAUUGAACUACGACUCGGAGAUUCUACCCCUUAAGGAAGCUAUACAAACACUCGAAUUGGGAUGCAAGGAGCUUAGAACACGAGGUCUCUUCAUGAAACUUUUAGAAGCAGUCCUUAAGGCAGGCAAUCGCAUGAAUGCAGGUACUGCCCGAGGGAAUGCCCAGGCCUUCAACCUUAAUGCUCUUCGAAAGCUCUCUGAUGUUAAAAGUACCGAUGGAAGGACCACUUUACUCCACUUUGUUGUUGAAGAAGUAGUUCGCUCUGAGGGAAAGCGGUGUGUUAUAAACAGGAAUAAUAGCUUGAGUCGAAGCAGCAACAGCAACUCUAAUCCUGAGAGUUCAAAAACAAAGGAGGAAAGAGAGAAGGAAUAUAAAAUGCUUGGAUUACCAAUGGUGGGAGGCCUCAGUGCUGAGUUCUCUAAUGUAAAGAAAGCAGCAACUAUAGAUUAUGAAACCUUCACAGGUAUGAACUCAGCACUCACAGCAGGAGCAGCAGAAAUUCGAGCACUCGUGUCCAAAUGUUCCAGUGAUAGAGGAGGAGGGUUUGCAAGGGAGAUGAAAGGUUUUCUUGACGAGGCAGAAGAAGAACUUCAGGUGUUGAGAGAAGAAGAAACAAGGGUGAUGAAGCUUGUAAAGAGAACAACAGAAUAUUAUCAAGCAGGAGCAUCAAACGACAAGGGAGCAUCCUCACUUCAACUAUUUGUUAUAGUAAAAGAUUUUCUUGGUAUGGUUGAUCAGGCCUGCAUUGAAAUUGCACGAAAACUGCAAAGGAGGAAGACAACGACAAAAGCCUCGGGAUCAUCAUCACCAAAGUCACCGCCAUCGAAGACCCCAGUGACGUUCCCAAACUUGCCGGAAAAUUUCCUGUCAGAUAAGUCAAGGAGUAGUUCUAGUGAAUCAGAUGAUUUUUGAAUUUGACCUGUAUCAUAUAGUUUCUUUUUCUUUUUCUUUUUGUGGGGUGGUGGAUGGAAGUAGGAGGAGGAUUUUGUUCACUGUAUAUAGAUAACACAUUAUAUGAAUUGUGAAAUGAA